CUUAAACAUUGUUUAUUUCAAGAAUAUUUAAAAUUUUUACCUUUAUUGUUAUUUUUUUAUAUAUUGUUUACUUACUCCUUAUUCCCGAUACGACACAGAUAAAGCAAAGCAUACUAAGUGAUACAAUGGUGUUACCACAAAUUAUAUUUAAAUUUGAUUAUUUUAGCUUUACUCCUAAAAAUCUAAAAAAUGACUGUGUUGACAAAUUUAUUCUACUUUAUCUUAUUAUUCAUAAAUCCGUUGAUUGUUUAUUCUUAUGAUGUGAUAUUACAUAAUGAAACUGAACCUGGACUUAAAAUCUAUAAAGUACAUACUUAUAGAGAUGGGAUAGCGGUUGUCCAUUUAGUUAAACCAAUAAAUGAAUCUUGUAUUGAACCACGAAUUGAUCUUCGCAUUUUACAUCCAAAUGGUACUGUUGAUAGUGCUAAAGUUGAUUAUCCGAUCCCGGAAUAUAAUUUUUGUCGUGGUCCCAACGGAUUUUAUUGGUUCGACAUGAUCCGUUCCUUUCCAAGUUCUAUAAAUAUACUUUAUAUAGACAUCGCUUCAGCAAGUUAUUAUGUAUUAUUUGCUACUCGAACGGGAUAUGUUAUUAGGUUUGUUACACAUCCAUUAUGUUUUAAGUAUAUACUACAUAUGUAUAUUAACUUAUUUAUUGAAAUUUUUAUAUUUGCAAGCAAUACAUACGUGGCACCUAUCUCAAUAAUAAAUGGAACUAUAUACGCCGACGGCUAUCUCGUAACUCAUACAAGCGAAGAGUGUGGUUUUAUGUUUGUAAAUUAUGAAACUGAGACUAUUGUAAUGUGGAAGUAUUUCAGUAAACCGGACGAUAAAGGAAAUUUUAGCCUAAUAAAUGAAGGAAAACAUUAUCUGCAAAAUUCAUUAGCUAAUUAUUUCGUAUUUCCCUCAAUUGAUGGAAAUUUUGGUAUUGUAAUUGUAAAUUCAACAGAUAUCAAUAUAAACCCUAAUGAAUUCAUCAAUCCGUCUAAAUUUACGUCUAAGGCUUAUGUCACUUUUAUUAAACCUGUUAUGAAGAGUGUGGAUGGCCCUUUCUUAAUUUACCAAUCAGCGAUACCUCAUUUGGAAGUUCGAAGUUUUUGUGAUACCGCUUUUGCGGGGAUCGGUAAUACUUGCCUUUUAAUAUUUAACAGAGUAGAAGAUGAAAAUACGUUAGAAGUUAUAAAACUGUCAUUUCAAGCUUCAGGUUCUGUAUUUGAUAUGAGAAAACUUGGUGAUAAAUUUGUUGAUGUAGAUAUAGUAACUUUUAAUGGUUUAUUUCACGGAGGAUAUUUAAUAACUUUACGUGAUAAUCAACGUAAGACUAUUGAAGGAAUAAUACUUGAUAAUGAUGGAAAAUAUAAUGGCACUUGGGGAUUUCCACCAGGUUUGAAAUCAUCUGGUUCUUUUGGAGUGACAAUCUUUCUAAAUGGGACACUGCGUUUAGUUACUUUCGAGAAUGAAAUGACUUUGAAAAUUUCUUUUACAACUUUACCUAAAUUUUUCUCGGAUGAUUAUGGAUAUGAGAAUCCGCACAUUAAAUCAACUUAUCCAUCAAUUAGCUCAAGUAUACCCUUAUCAAUCACAAACAUAAAUAUUACGUAUCAUUUGUCUGUAACGAUAUCAACCAACAACGUUUCAAUUUAUCAAUAUAAUAAUAAUGACGGUCUUCCUAUACUGCGUCAAUCUGUCCCGGGAAAUUCACCAUAUUUUUCGUAUAGUUCUGAUAAAAUGACAAUAAGCAUGAAAGUUUUGGGAAGCACAUUUAAUCAACCAAACUCAAAUUAUUAUAUUGUUGUUGAUGGUAAUGUGGUCAGGGAUUGGACGUCAAAUAAUCCACUAUUAGGUGUUGAAAGAAAUCGUUGGAAAUUUAAUACAAUAAAUAUCCAAGAUAAUUUUGCAGAGGAAUCAAUUGGAAGAUUUUCUUUAACGGAAGAAGGGACAAAAUCUUUUGAGAAACUUUCAUUGGAUGGACAGAGAGAAUUUUUAUCACAAUUAAGAAUUGAUUUAUCAGAAUCAAUACCUGUCGACAUUAAUAGAUUAGAUUAUGUAAAAUGUUGUGAAUAUGAUAAUAGCCAACAACCUCCAAGAAUUCUUUUAUCAUUACCUAUUAAAUCGACAACAAAUCCAUAUGAAAGAAAUGUUGAUCAUAUUAUAAAAGAUUUAGAUAUUUUGAUUAAACACAAAGAAGUAACUCCAAUUUCAUGGUUUGGUACAACAAAUCAUUUAGAAGCUAGCUUUGGAUUUCAGAGAUAUAGUAAUUAUAAUUAUUAUUACAAGAAUUUUCAUUAUUUAAAUUUUAAUUCUUUUUUUAUUAUUUAGAAAAUUUAUUGGAUGAUUUUAAGUUCCAUUUAAUUGGUAUUGUUAUUGGAAUAGUAAUUUUAGGAUUCCUUUAUAUUUACGCCAAGAAGAAAUAUCCCAUGGUAAAGUACUUUAUAUAUC